AUGGGUAACGAGGUUUCCUUUUGCAAAGACGACAUACAAGGUGGCCUGGCCGCUAUCCAGGCACGCCUUCGCUCCGGAGUAAAGGUUAAUAAACGUAUGGUGUUCCAGGAGGACGUUGGUCCGCUGCCGAAAGGCUGCAAAUGCACACCGUUGGGCUUCACAAUCCUGUCCUGGGAUUUGCAUCUCCUGGACUUGUUCAUCGCCGCCGGUGCCGACCUGGCCAAGCCCGUGGGCCUGCCCCUGCGGUUUGACUUCACACCCUUGCAGCUGGCGGUGGUGCUGGGCUUCACUGCCGCUGUCCGGAGGCUACUUGAAUGUGGUGCCAACCCGAAUGUGCCAUUUCAACUUAAACACGGGACCACAGCCCCGCCCUCCCAGCAAGAGAACCAUCAGGCGCGGCCCGCUGGGUCCGCCAAUUCUCCAAAUCCUCCAAAUCCCAAUGCAGGGAGCUUAUUGCCAACGGCAUCGCUGCUCCAUCAGCUGAACUGCUUGGCGCACCUGCGAGCUGGUGAUGCUGUGCUGCAUGCUGCCAUUGACUGUGCGGCGGAUUACGGCUUGACGUCAUCAGCCAGCGACGGCAGCUGCUGCUCCCGUAUGGAGGUCGUGGAGGCGUUGAUAAGCCACUCACACACAGACCUCAAUAGGCUCAAUGGUCGCCGGCGCUCACCGUUAUAUAAGGCCUGCAAGCGCCGGCUGAACCUGCUGGCCACGCUGCUGGCCACGCAUCCUCGUGUCAUUGUCAACGCCGGUUGGCCGCUGUUCGCGGCAAUCAAAUCGGAGAGUGGCGAGCUUGUUCGUAUGCUCCUGCAGGCCGGUGCAGGGCCCACGAGCACUAUGGUCGACGCUCAGGGCUACCACACACCGUUAUCAUACGCCCUCCACUGCCGCACAUCUAGUGAAACCUUCCAUGACCGUGCUGACGUGGUGGCGAUGCUCGUCCAGGCUGGAUCCCUUGUAGAGCCAGAGAUGCUGUCAUAUGCGGACGAACGGAACUGGCACAGCGUGGUGCUGUUGCACUGCAUCGUGGGCAGAAGCGCCGCCUCCGUCCUCCAGGACGGCGGUGCCCUGGAGCUUGGCCGGGCCUCGCUCCGCUUCCCUGGCCGUGCCUCUGCGGGAGGCAUUUUCGAGGACCGGUGUCCCGACAGGGGAGCUGCUUCUGUUGCUACAGCCGCCACGUCAGCCAUAUCAACAGCAGUCGGUCACUGCGGCAAUGCCAAUGGCGGCGUUGGUGUCGGCGGCCCUGGCGUAGUCAGCUCCCUCACACACACAGCGCGUCCGGGGACCUUUCUCGGACUGCUGGUGGUGCUAUGGCGCGCAUACCUGGAUAUCUUUGUCGCCAUUGGCGCAAUUCUCUGUGCACGGUUUGUGGUACUGCUGCUUUUUGAGUGCGCUGAGAAGGGUCUGUCAAAGCUAGGUAUCCCGGAUCGAACCCCACUGGGGGCAUGUCUGCGUGCGCGCGCCGCACACUGCCGCAGCCGCGGCCGUAGUGACGGCGGCGGUUCUUCCGCUGACGACCGCAAGAGCACAGUGACGGUGAUCCUGCUCAUGGCCGCGCUGGCGCUGCGGCUGUUUGGCGGCAUGUCGUUCUUGUCUCUGUUUGUUUCCUCCGCAUUCAUCUGGGCAGUCGUGGACAGCACGGAUGUGGUGUUGGCCUACUCGAGGGACUUGCGCUCUGGACAGCAUGUGGGCGGCGGCGGCAACCGCAGUGGCCAACGCCACCGAAGCGCUGCUGGCGCUGCCACCGGCGAGCACGACCGCCAGGGUGCCCGGGGAAAUACUGUACUGCAGCCGACGAGCUUGGGAGGGACCGGGACGGCGCUGACUGGCGACAUUGUGGGCGGAGGUGGUGCAGUAGAGGCGGUGACCUGUGGCUGUGAUGGCGGCAGCGGCAGCGGCAGCGAGGUUACGGGCGGGCUGGAGGGGCUCUGUUGCGUGUGCAUGAGCAGUCGUGCCGUGAUGGGCUUUGUGCACCGAGACGUGGUGCAUUGUUGCAUGUGCGCGGAGUGCGAGGCGACGUUACGCAGGCGGAAAUCGAUUGCCAAGUGCCUCAUUUGUAAGCGACCUGCCAGUGUGGUGGUUCGAGUCAUCGCGACGUGA